UCUUCGGCCAUUAGAAAUUUCCCUUUCAUUGUGGCGCUCGCGACCGCCUCCACAACGAACGCAUGGCUCCAUCCAGACCGCGCAACCGAUUCUCUCUAUCUCUCUCUUCUCUCCUCCUCGUCCUCCCCUCCUGCAGCGCCGCCCGCGGAGUGGAGUUCCGUUCGCGCAUGGAUUGAUCCUCUCUUCCUUCCCUUGGAGUCGGAGGAGGCAGCGGCCUCGGGAUGUCGUUGUCGAGCUCGCCGUGUGCGGCGUGCAAGCUGCUGCGGCGCAAGUGCACGCAGGGGUGCGUGUUCGCGCCCUACUUCCGGCCGGACAGCCCCGCCAAGUUCGCCAGCGUGCACCGGGUGUUCGGCGCCAGCAACGUCUCCAAGAUCCUGACCGAGCUCCCGCAGGCGCAGCGGGAAGACGCCGUCAACUCGCUCGCCUACGAGGCCGACGCGCGCCUCCGCGACCCCGUCUACGGGUGCGUCCCCUACAUCACCGUCCUCCAGCUCAGGAUCAGGCAGGCCCGCGACGACCUCGCCGCCGCGCGCAAGGAGCUCGCGGGGUACAUCGGCCCGGCCGCCUUCGCGCCCUUCGUCGCCGCGCCGCAGUACCAUCACCCCGGCGCGCAGUACGCCGCCGCCGGGAUGGGGCUCGGCGUUGGCGUCGCGCAAGGGCACGCGCAUCCGCAUCAGCAGAUGGCGCAGCACCAGCACAUGCAGCAGAUGUCGGAGGCGCAGCAGUUGGCCGCCGUGGUGGAGGUCGCCAGGGAGCAGGACAUGAUGAUGAGGCAGGCCGCGGCCUACGCGCACGCCGUGCCCGGAAGCAGCUCCUGCGCGACGGUGGCGGUCGUGGCGCCCGAUGCAGCGGCGUACGACGGUGGUUUCCUCUUCCAGCAGCAACCGGCGCCGUCACAGUCGCAGACGGCGAUGGCCCUAACGUACCAGAUGGAGCCAUCUCCGCCGCCGCCGUCCUCGGGCCAGUCGCAUACCGAAGUGUCGCACCAGCAGCAUACGGAUGGCAGCGACGAGGGCAGCGACGGUGUCGUGCCGCCGGCCUGACCUGACCGACGGUCGCACGCCCACCCUGCACCACCACCGUGUCUUCAUCUGCGCCUACUAAUUUAGCCCUUUUUUUGUUUCAUUUGGUGCUCCCUUGUUCGUCGUGAUUUUUUCGUCUUCUUGAUCAUAUGGAAUCGAUGUCCGAUCCAUGCAUACCUCCACAACGGAGACGACCGAGGUGGUGAUCCUUCUUAAAGGUAUUUUUCUCAUCAUCCACCUUUUAUAAUUCUUGAUUUUGGCCUUCUGUUUUUAUUGUCUUGCAAUUAAGUUUCUUUUUCUCUGAAACGAUAAAUUAGUUAGUGCAUACAAAUACUUAUUUGAACCAAGAAUGCAUAAAUAAAGUAAAAAUACUCAGAGUAAUGUAUUUCCACGGCAUAUUCUAGUUUAGCAAUUUGCCCUCAAAAGAAUUAUUAUUGCUAAACUAGCGGCCGAUGUGUUCUUUGUAUCAAUAGCAAUUCUUACAUACUUAAUCUGUGUGUAAUGCACAAUGGUCUUCAUAGUUUAGCAAUUUGUACAUGCCCAUGUCCAUGUGUGUGCUGAUGCCUCUCUUUCUGUCUCUCUUGAUCCGUCUCCGGCUAGAAACAUACGAUCCCUUGAUGCACAUCUCACAGUUACAAUUUUUCUUCUUUUUUUGGCAUUGGCGUGUGUGCAUAGUGUACAGUUGUACACUUAGCAUCAUGCAUAUGAUAUAUGCAACCAUCGAACGCAACCGAUUUCACUCACUGACAAAUCAUUGUCCUGGAAAUGUGCUCUGUCAGGAUCUUGAUGAA